AUGGUAGUGGAUAUAGAAGGUGGAAAUGCGUCUACUACCACCACAGUGAUAGACAGCAAAAAUGGAUCUGUGCCCAAAUCCCCUGGGAAAGUUCUGAAGAGGACAGUCACAGAAGACAUAGUGACAACAUUCAGCUCCCCAGCAGCCUGGCUUCUGGUCAUUGCUCUGAUAAUCACAUGGUCAGCUGUUGCUGUCGUUAUGUUUGACCUAGUGGAUUACAAAAACUUUUCAGCAAGCUCUAUUUCCAAGAUUGGCUCAGAUCCUCUAAAACUCGUACAUGAUGCUGUGGAAGAAACCACCGACUGGGUCUAUGGCUUCUUUUCUUUGUUGUCUGACAUCAUCUCGUCUGAGGGUGAUGAAGAAGAUGAUGAUGAUGGGGAUGAGGACACUGAUAAAGGAGAAAUAGAGGAGCCUCCCUUGAAACAAAAAGAAAUACACAAAGACAAGACUGAAAAGCAGGAGAAACCUGAAAGGAAAAUAGUACCUAAAGUUACACACAAAGAAAAACCAAAAGAAAAAGAAAAAGCUGAAAAGAAAGCAACUCACAAGGAAAAAAUUGAGAAAAAAGAAAAACCAGAAACAAAGACAGUGGCAAAAGAAGAGAGGAAAACAAAGACCGAAGAGAAGAUUAAAAAGGAAGUGAAAGGUGGGAAACAAGAGAAAGUGAAGCAAACAGCCGCAAAAGUCAAAGAAGUACAGAGACCAUCACCUAAGCCCAAGGAGAAGGAGGGAAAAGAGACCGCAGCUGUGUCCAAGCAUGAACAGAAAGAUCAGUAUGCAUUCUGUCGAUAUAUGAUUGACAUGUUUGUCCGUGGGGAUUUAAAACCAGGACAAAGCCCAGCCGUACCACCUCCAUUACCAACAGAACGAGCUUCCAGACCCACUCCGGCAUCACCUACCCCUGAAGGCAAAGAACAAGAGGAAAAGAAGAAAGCUGAGAAGAAAGUGACUUCUGAAACAAAAAAGAAAGAAAAAGAAGCUGUCAAAAAGAAAACCGACAAGGAAACUGCCGUUGAUGUGAAAAAAAAAGAGCCAGGGAAAGCUCCUGAAACCAAACAAGGGACUACAAAAGUUGCAGCACAAGCAACAGCUAAAAAAGAUGAAAAGAAGGAAGAUUCUAAGAAAACAAAAACAACUAUAGAAGAACAACCCAAGGGAAAAAAACAGGAAAAGAAAGAAAAACACGUGGAACCAGCAAAGUCAUCAAAGAAGGAACAUUCAGCUCCAAGUGAAAAGCAAAUAAAAGCAAAAACUGAACGAGCCAAAGAAGAGGCUGGUGCUGCCUCAACUAAAAAAGCUGUACCUGGAAAGAAGGAAGAGAAAACAACCAAGACAGUGGAGCAAGAAAUUAAAAAAGAAAAAUCCGGGAAGACUUCCUCAGUUUUGAAGGAUAAAGAGCCUAUUAAGGGGAAAGAAGUGAAGCUUCCAGUUUCCCUAAAGGAAAAAGAACCUGAAAUUAAAAAAGAGGAAAAGAUACCCAAAGCAGGCAAAGAAGUCAAGCCUAAGCCUCCACAGCCACAAGUAAAAAAAGAAGAGAAACCAGAGUCACAAGUAAAAAAGGAAACAAAACCAGAACAAGACAGAGCAAAACCGGAAAAGACUGUUUCUCAUGGUAAACCAGGUAUUUUGCAGGUGGUGUCUAUAGUAUAAAAUUGUCUCUCCAUGUUCUGGUUUCAGCAGAAUGAAGAGUCUCAUGUCAAAUCUAAAGUUUUUAGGACGAUUCAAGUCUUAAGUCACCCAACUUCUAGAACAUCUCCAAUUUUAGUCAUCUCCACCAUAUUUUUUGAACUGAGGACUUGACGUGUAACAGUAACUACACAGUCUAUCCCUUCUCAUCAGAUACUUAGCUGAGUAAGAUCAUCACCUCCAGCACUGAGGUGAAUGGGCUCCAUGGUUUACUUCUGUUCUGCAUGAGACAAGAUGUCCUUGGGAAACUUACAAUUCAGAACGGCUUGUUCAAACAUGACAUCUUACGUUUCAAAACCCCCAAGAAAAGGAAAUCAACAUUUCUCCCUGUUUCCUCUCCUUCUUUCCUCCGUCUUUGCCUCACUUUCUUUUUUUUCAACCCUGAUCUUACAUUUUGGUGAAAGUAGAGGUAAGCCAGUGUGUUCUGCUCAGAAAGCGAGAUACAGAAUUUACCAAAACAAAUGUAUUAAUUGUUUUUUAUUUAAGACUAAAAACUUUUAAGUUUUCAUUUACGCUAAUUAAAUAUGACUUUAAUUUUGAGGCAGUCCCAAGCCUCAGUUAUUGUCCUUCAUUCCAGGCUGAAUUGUUUACCCGAAGUUGUAAAUGGGGUUAGGCCAGAAUCUGUAAUAAGGUAAAAGCAUACUUUCUGUAAGCAUAUCUUAGGAAACAUUUUCCUUAUACUUCUAAAAUUUUUACUUCAGGAAAACUGUUUACAAUGGGUUUGAGUCCAUUUGCUUUCAUUCGCUCAUGCUUUAAAAUACAUGACACACCAACAAAAGAAGCUAUAGGAGUAGAAAAAGCAGAGCUGUAGUGUGAGGAACCAAGAAUAACCGUCUAUAUUGACAUAAUCAGAACCUUAGAACCUCCUCAUUUAAUGAAUGAUAAAAUCUUGCUAUUUUCUUGACUGUCCCAAAUGUCAGUCAUUUUGAGCUGAAAUACAGAGAGUGAGAGAGUUUAGUCUCCAAGUAUACAGCAAGCACACUGUCCUCCAGCCACACCUUUCUUUUAUUUUAGUGAUAAUAUCCGUAUUCUAAAUUCUGCUUCCCAGGGAAACGUUCUAAUUGAUUAAUUCUCACUGCUGAAUUAUUGAAAAGUUUCAUUUUACAUAGGAUCAUUUUAAUAAUCUCUCUACACCGAUCCAAGUCUCUUUAUGUCUAUAAAAACAUAGAGAACAGAAGACAUCCCAUAAAUGUACCACUUUGCCCUUCCCCAGCUUUGCACAAUAAAACACACACACACACACACACACACACACACAACGAAAACAAAACAAAAAAAAAAACCCUUGGGUUUUCUCCCAUUCUGAACCCUAGGCUAAUCCUGGGUUCCCAGGGAGGUAUUUUGCACUACAGAAAUUAAAAAAUGCUUCUUCCUGUUCCAGUUCAAUUAUUAAAAAAGUAUAUGUGCUUUUUAUUAAAAAAAAAAACAGAACAAAACAAAACAAAACAACCCCUGCAUAGAUAAAUACAGUGAAAUACAGUGAAGGCAAGGCAUAGGGUGUAUAUUGGCAGGUUAGGGGACGAUUCCAAUUAGGAAAACUUUUUUGGUAGGAUAGCUGCAAAGGAUGUCUGCAGCUGGACACAUUUUCUUUGUGCUCCAUCCAAUUUGAAUAAAAGAUAUAGCUUGCUGUGUUUUUGGAAAAAUAGCUUUUUCUCAGUAUUGGUGUUAUUUCAAAGAGAAUACAAAAUAUCAAAGUUGACUUAUGUCACUGUUUUAUAGUAAUGUAUUUAAAUUUCCUACUUGUGUUAAAAUUUUUUCCUAUCACAGAAGAAAAAGUUGUCAAGCAGGUAAAAGCUACUACAAUAGAAAAACCAGGUAAGAUAUUUCAUAUUUUUCUUCUGUGUAUCAGCUUUAUGUUACAUGGGUACACACACACACACACACACACACACACACACACAUACAUUUUCACUGAAGUGUAUAGUUUCAGUGCCAUAAAUUCUAAGAUUUUGAAUUCUUAUAAAUCACUAAAAUAUAUACUCAAUAAAUUAACAGUGGAAAACUAAAGAGAUAUAAUUUAAUUUUUAAGUGUGCUUGAUCUAAGCUUGCAUGUAACUCAUAAAGUAAU